AUAUGAAUGAAAACAUUGUUCGCGUGCGUGAAAUGUUUAAAGAAAAUGUAACCAGCUUUAAAUUAAGCUAAUUUUCUUUGAAAAUACCAAAUUUAACAUAAAAAUGGAAAACACUAAAGAGCCGAUACUAGCCAAAGAAGCAGUUUUGCAAGAGAGUUCAAAGCUACCUAAAGAGACUCCCACGGUGCAAGGAUACGACUGGAAUCAUGGUCGCGACUACGAAGCGCUCUUCCGCACCUUCCCGCAUUUCGGAUUCCAGGCUACGAACCUUGGAAAGGCCAUAGAGGAAGUACAUAAAAUGAUUGCUUGCCGAAAAGUCCCUCUGCCAGAGGACAAGCAUGACACUUAUGAAGAAGACGAGUUCAUCAAACGUAAAUCCAACUGUACCGUGUUUCUUGGCUACACCUCCAACAUGGUGUCGUGUGGUGUACGAGAGACGAUACGCUUUUUGGUUCAGCAUAAAAUGGUUGACUGCAUUGUGACCACGGCCGGGGGAGUCGAAGAAGAUUUAAUCAAGUGCCUGGCACCUACCUUUUUGGGAUCGUUUGAACUGGAAGGAAAACGGCUUCGAGAGCAGGGUAUCAAUCGGAUCGGGAACCUCCUUGUGCCGAACGACAACUACUGUAAGUUUGAAAAUUGGGUCAUCCCAAUACUCGACGAAAUGCUGGAAGAACAGCGAUCUUCGGGAAUUCUCUGGACUCCGUCCAAGGUUAUACAACGGCUCGGAGAAAAAAUCAAUGACGAUAGUUCUGUUUAUUAUUGGGCAGCCAAGAACAAAAUUCCUGUGUUCAGUCCAGCACUUACCGAUGGCAGUCUUGGUGAUAUGAUGUACUUCCAUUCGUUUCGCAAUCCUGGCCUAGUGCUGGACAUUAUCUCCGAUCUGAGACGUUUGAACACCAUGGCAGUUAAGGCAGUUAAUUCUGGCAUUAUCAUAGUUGGGGGAGGCGUAAUUAAGCACCACAUAUGUAAUGCAAACUUAAUGCGGAAUGGGGCUGAUUUUUCGGUUUUCAUUAACACGGCAUCAGAAUACGACGGAAGUGACAGCGGUGCACGACCGGACGAAGCAGUAUCAUGGGGGAAAAUAAAGAAAGACGCAACACCAGUUAAAGUUUAUGCUGAAGCAACUUUAGUAUUUCCCAUCCUCGUCGGAGAAACAUUUGUUAAAGUUCAUUUUGAGGAGAAAGAAUCAAUAAAAGAUAAUACAAAAUAAAACGCUUUUUCGAAAAAGUAUUUUUUAUUCAAGAUAGUAUGUAUCUUAAAUAUGAUGUAUCUAUGCUUGUUAAAUGAUUACAAAGAAUUAUAAAAUAUUACAA